CAUGGAGCUGCGGAGGUCUGCGCUGGGGCAGAGAGAGACAGGCAAGAACGACCCCCAACCGCCCACCCUCUGAGAAGUCCAGAGAUUGUAGAAAUAGCCUCUCCCCCAAUAUCUCCGUAAAGGAAGCUGGCAAGAAGGCGGUGCCAAACUGAUGCCUGAAUAAAUACAUCGAACCCGGCAAAAUGAGCCAGGCCACCACAUUGGGGAGAGGAGGAGGAGGAGAACGAGAGCAACUUCCAGCAUGGAGCUGGCUAGCGCAGUCACUCUCUUGCUGGCCGUCUACCUUUCCUGCCUUGUCUUCAUAUCAGCCAGGAGGAAAAAGUCGUCCCACGGGAGGCUGCCCCCGGGCCCCACUCCCCUGCCCCUGGUAGGGAAUUUCCUGCAGAUCACGGCAUCGGAAACCUGCAAGUCUCUCCUCAAGCUACGUGAAAAAUAUGGCCCAGUGUUCACUGUCUAUUUAGGCACUCGCCCGGUGGUGGUUUUGUGUGGGCACGACGCUGUGAAGGAGGCCCUGGUAGACAAGGCGGAGGAAUUCAGCGGAAGGAAGACCAUGCCUACCUUGGAAAGGACCUUCCAAGAACACGGGGUGGUGUUUGCCAAUGGAGAGCGCUGGAAGCAGCUGCGACGGUUCUCCCUCACCAUCUUGAGGAAUUUCGGGAUGGGGAAGAAAAGUAUCGAGCAGAGGAUCCAGGAGGAAGCUCAGUUCCUGCUGGAGGAAUUCCGGAAGACCGAUGAGAAGCCGUUUGAGCCCACCUACUUCUUGAGCCGCGCAGUCUCCAAUGUCAUCUGCUCCAUCGUCUUUGGUGACCGCUUUGACUACCAAGACGAGGAGUUCCAGGCCCUGAUGGAGAUGAUGAACAACAGCUUCCGGGAGAUGAGCACAGCCUGGGCCCAGUUCUACGACAUCUAUGCCAGCUUCCUGAAGUACUUCCCUGGCCCCCACACCAAGAUCUACGACAUCCUGGAAGACAUGAGGCUCUUCAUUGCCAAGAGAGUGGAGAAGAACCGGGAAACUCUAGACCCCAACUCCCCCCGGGACUUCAUCGACUGCUUCCUCAUCCAGAUGGAAAAGGAAAAGAACAACCCCUCCAGCGAAUUCAAUGUCAAGAAUCUGGAGCUCACCACCCUCAACCUGUUCUUUGCUGGGACAGAGACAGUCAGCUCCACCCUGAGAUACGGGUUCCUCCUCCUGAUGAAAUACCCCCAGGUGCAAGCAAAGAUGCACGAGGAAAUAGACCGGGUGAUCGGCCGGGACCGGGCCCCAAACAUCGAAGACCGGAACCAGAUGCCCUACGUGGACGCCGUCAUCCACGAAGUGCAACGCGUGAGCGACCUCAUUCCCAUGGACGUGCCUCACAUGGUCACCCGCGACACCGAGUUCAGAGGCUACCUCAUCCCGAAGGGGACGGAAAUCUACCCAGUGCUCAGCUCUGUCUUGAACGACCCCACAAAAUUCAAGGACCCGAGCGCCUUCACCCCAGAGAAUUUCCUGGAUGCGAACGGGCGCUUCAAGAAGAGCGACGCCUUCGUGCCCUUCUCCUCGGGGAAGCGGAUCUGCCUUGGAGAGGCCUUGGCCCGCAUGGAGCUUUUCCUGUUCUUCACCACCGUCCUUCAGAGCUACCAGCUGAAGACUGUUGUGCCCCCCGCGGACAUCGACACAACGCCCCUGGAGAGCGGCUUUGCCAACAUCGCCCCCAUGUACCAGAUGUCCAUGAUCCCACGCUGAGCAGAGGUCAAGCACAAGUGGUCUUUUCCGCAUGGCAUGCUUGUAAGCUACACAAGCAGGACUUCCAGAGCAUGUGGGGAGAGGCUGGAGUGUUGUGAACUCUGCUAGUGGUGACCAAGGGGCUUUUAAAAAUUGCAGCCACACUUCACACUAUGCGCUCAGAUUAGCAUUUGUUCCCAAGUAUGGAGCAAGUGUGUUUGUGGGGUGGGGGGUGUUCACAGGCACGAAACGGGUCAAACCCUGCUUAGCAGUUCCCGUGUCCCAACCAAUAACUGCAGUUCUCCUCAUUAGCCAACGUAGUAACAGGUGAUCCCACUGGUCAGCCACAGCUGACGUACCCAAAAGGCCCACUUGGGAGGUGGUGCGACUCGGUCCUUACUUGGCACUUCCUAAUGCUGUGCCCACCAAGGAAGAGAUGCGAAGAGGGUGACACAUUUUCUCAGUCAGCAAUAAUGAUGAUUCCCAAAGGCAGGGCGGAGCCUCUCCACCUCUAAGCCCCUACCAGUCUGUGAACUGUGAGAAGCAACGCUGCCUUAGUUCUGCCGCAAGUCCAAAUGGCAGCCUCUUUAUUCUAGUUCCCGUUUUGCCAGAAAUAUCUCAACAAUCCCCUCUCCGCUGGCCAUACAAUAGACAUAAUGCUUAUCGGUUUAAGCUACCUGUUCUCUCAUUAAUCGUUGGACUCUGUGAGCUUUCAUUUAAAAUGCAUUCAACUAAUUGUAACAGCUGUGAAUUAUGCAAUAAAAGCUUGCCCCUUG